GGAUUAUAUAUGCCAGCCCAACAGAAGAAAGUUCUUUUCUGCAUAGCUGGUGUGUUCAGUUUUGCUUGUGCUCUGGCCAUUGCAGCAGCUAUAGGAACUCAGCUAUGGAUCCGAGGAAAAAUUAUUUGCAAAACUGGAGCAUUGCUGGUUAAUGCUACUGGCCAGGAGUUAGAUAAGUUUAUUGGUGAAAUUCAGUAUGGACUAUUCUAUGGGGAGAAGGUUAGACAAUGUGGCCUUGGAGGGAGACCUUUUCAGUUUUCAUUUUUUCCAGAAUUAUUCAAAAUUAUGCCUGCAAGUAUCCAUGUAAGUGUCAUCCUCUUUUGCUUGGCAUUGUUCGUCUUUGCACUGAUUGCCACUGGCUUCUUCAUGUACAAUGCAUUUGGCACUCCUUAUGAAACCUUACAUGGUCCAUUAGGACUCUACCUGUGGAGCUUCGUUUCAGUUACUUGUGGCUUUCUUAUUUUGAUACUGUUUUCUUCAGAAGUGAAAAUCCACCACCUCUCUGAGAAAAUAGCUAAUUAUAAAGAAGGAAGUUUUAUUUUUAAAACGCACAGUGAGCAGUUUGCAAAGUCCUUCUGGAUCAUCCUGGUGUGCUCAUUGGUACACUUUAUGAACAUUUUGCUUAUACGCCUGGCUGGAUUUGCGUUUCCUUUUUCAAAAUCAAAAAAUUCUGAGGCACCAAAUGGAGCGAUGGAUAUAAUGUACUAAACAUACUUUAAAUCUUGAUUUAUGCAAAUAAUUCAUCUUGUCUUUUUUUCCAAAAGAUGCAAAGAAUACACAUAUUUAAAAGGUUGGUUUUUAUAAGUGUAUUUUAAGGCAGAAACAUACACAAGUUACCAGCAAACAGAACGUAGUAAGAGCUUUAUUCAGUAACAUUAUUUUCAUUAGAUUAUCAUUUUUCAUCACAGCAAUACAAAAAGAAUGUGAAACAGAACACCUGCAGCAAUCCAUAACAGAACCUGUUUAUUUCCUAUUUAUAAAAGUGUCUUGAAUAGUGUUUGUUCAGAAGUAUUGUCAGUUCCUACUUUGAAAUAUAUUUGAAAUAUGUGCAGCUAACUCAGUUUUCAUUUCAAAGAAAUAAGAGCUCAAGAAUUAAAAUUUAAAACAUGCAGCAAGUCAUACAGAUUAAAAAAUUGAUCUAAUGAAAUUGUUAGAGAUGAAAAAGUGUGUGCAAAAUCAAGUAUGAAUCAACAUUUCUAAUAGAAAUGAAAAGUGCCAAUUUGAAAUCAGACAUUAUAAUUGGCAUCCAGUAUUUUCAAUUCACCUCAAAGGAAUUUUUCACAAAAGGAGAGUUUACUCAUCUGUCGGUCUCAAGCAGCUUCUGUUCAUUGACUACAUCUAUUGUGUGCCAUCUUGUAUUAUUUCUAUUCUACAGGAAAGCAUUUCUGUUAGAAAUUAAUGUUCUAUAAUUACUCUAUACUAACUGAAAUGUCUUUUUAUGAACUACCAAAGAUGUUUGUACCUUCUGUUUAAUGUCAUAUUUGAGAGCACUUGGCCCAUAUGUAGUAAACUAUGCAUACAGAAAAGUUGUAAUAUUUUUCUUUCGUAUUUUAGUUUUCACCAUUAUCCUUUAGUUUGGGAUCUGAUCUUUCUCGUAUAGAAUUUUAUGCUUCAUAAAUAAAUCUCUUAUACUUCCCCUAUACUUCAAAUAAUUGUCAGUAGAAAACAGAAGAAAAUAAAAUAUCUGUGUUGGAACUUAUUCUAACUCAUCUUGUAUGUUAGUAUUAUGUGUAACAAGAAAUUUUAGUCAUUAUAUCUCUGACAUUUUUAAUUUUAUUUUUCUUUUGUACUGUUAUUCUGUUAUUUCAUAUUUAUUCUCAUCUUUACAAUUCUAGUUCCAAUAGUUGUGCUAUUUCCAAAAUGCAUAAUGGACAUUUUCAUAUAUUUUUGUGUAUCAAUUUAUUUCUUCCCCCAGCAUAUUCCAGUACCUAUGUCAGAAAAUCAUCAUGCUGCCAUUAUCCUAAAGUAACUGGACUAUGUAAUAUAAUAAGAAUUAGAGACAGCAUGUCUGAAAAGUAUCAGAUUUGAAAAGGUUGUCAUAAAGCGUAUCUCAAGUAAAACAAUAAUUUGGUUCCUAUGGCAUACUAAAUCAUAUUGUCAGAGGCUGCACAUCACACUAAACUACAAACUAAAAACCAACCAAUCAAUAUUGAAUUGCAGUCCAAGACUAAAUAAUAAAUGUUAAAACAACCAAAUAUAAGUCCUCAAUGCAACCAAUAGUAAGCAGUAAAUCAUUUACUUCUACUGUUGGUCUGAAAACAGCAAAGUCUUAUUGUUUUGGGAAACAAUUUAGCCAUGUGUGGUUUCAGGAUGUUUAUCUUGGAGGGGAACGACUAUAGAAAAGAAUAUAUAACAACAACAAAUUUUAUUGUAUAAAACAGAGAUUCAAAUUUGAGUGUAGGAUUGGUGUUCUAAAAAGAUGUUGGAUUACAAAAAUGAUAUGGAGAAAGAUGGUAUGGAUGUGAAAAUGGACUUCAAAAUGCCAGACUGAUAUGGAAAAAGAUAACAAAAUGAUUUACAAAUGAACCCAGCUGAUGUCUUAAUAAUUAAAGAUACAUACAAAUAAUAAAUAAAUAAUAAUAAUAAUGUGGAAGACCUUCUUAUCUCAGAUUUCUAAAAGGAAAGUAUGAAACAAAGGAAACUGUUUCUGAGAGCAGAUUAAGAGAAAAUGAUAAGAGGUCAAUCAGUGGGACAUUAAUGUGAAUAAGGAUCAAGCUUUUUAAAGGUAAACAGAACAUCUACAAAGUGAAUCAAAUUGAUCAGAGUUAAAAUACGUAAGUUGAGGUUUCUGUUAUUAGUUAUUAAUGAAAUUUAUUUUUGACCAGGAUUGAAUGAUGCAGCUGUAAGGAUCUGUUUAUAAGUGGAAAGAUUUUUCACUUUGUUUCUUAGAGAACAAUAUUGGAUUACAAAAUGAUUUUUUUUAUUAAGGUUAAAAUAGGCGUGUUAAAAUUUCUGAUAGCUCUUAAUAGACUUUUGCUGAUUAAAAUUGAAUUAUGUAUUUUUAUUUCUUUAAUAACGGAUUAGAUAUUGAAAAAAGAGGGAUUUAAAUUGAAAUACUAGAGAAGAUGUUAAA